AUAAUCUGUAUCUACACAGGCACAUGAUGGGUGCAAGCAUCUGUGGGGCAUUCUAGACACCACUUUGUAAUCCGCUUCUCUAUAUCUUCCUCCUCGUACAAACAUAACAUAAGAUAGCCUAGCCCCUCACUUCGCAAGUGCGUUACAAUGUGGAGUUAGGGUUCGUUCAAUCGCUCUCUUCAGACCAAACAGCAUCUUUCAUUUCUUUAUGUCCUGUAAUAACCUGACCGCCUUUACUCAUUUCCCCAAAUCAAUUUCACCUUUCUCUCCCUUCUCAUCAUUCACUCACAAAUAAAUAAUUAAAUCCAAAUAAAUCAGUUCAUAAAUAAAAGUAUAACUCUUGCAAAUCGGAGCUAGCGUCUCUCGGAACAGAACAAAAGUACUCGUUUAAGAUUAGUGGUUAAAGUUGUGUUGUAUGUUGCCAAAUUCGGUUUUGUGGUGGAGAUUUGGUGUUCUGAUAUCUCUGUUGGUUCGAAUAAUGGCGAUGCUGUCGACAGAUGAUUCGAUUCAGAUAAGGGAAGUAUGGAGUGACAAUCUUGAACAAGAGUUUGCAUUAAUUUCUGAAAUUGUUGAUGACUAUCCUUUCGUGGCUAUGGAUACAGAGUUCCCUGGCAUUGUUAUCAGGCCGAUUAUGACUUUCAAGAGCUCGACAGAAUACAAUUUCCACACUUUGAAGGCUAAUGUUGAUAUGUUGAAGUUGAUUCAGCUAGGUCUUACCUUUUCUGAUGACAAAGGGAAUUUGCCGACUUGUGGGACUGACAAGGGAUGUAUCUGGCAGUUCAACUUCCGUGAGUUUGAUUUGGAGAAAGAUGCCUAUGCUAAUGACUCAAUUGAGCUUCUGACUCAGUGUGGUAUUGAUUUUCAGAGAAACAGCGAGCAGGGUAUUGAUGUUGGUAAGUUUGGUGAGCUGUUGAUGUCGUCAGGGAUUGUUCUGAAUGAUAAUGUUCAAUGGGUGACCUUUCACAGUGGUUAUGAUUUUGGUUACUUGCUGAAGAUGCUGACUUGCCAGAAGCUGCCUGAUACACAAGCGGGCUUCUUUGAUUUGCUGAAAAUGUAUUUCCCGGUGUUCUAUGAUAUCAAGCAUCUCAUGAGGUUCUGCAACAGUCUCCAUGGUGGUCUGAACAAGCUUGCUGAGCUUUUGGAAGUUGAGAGAAUUGGAAUCUGUCACCAAGCUGGUUCGGAUAGUUUGCUCACUUCUCGUGCCUUCAUGAAGUUGAAAGAAAGCUUUUUUAGUGGCUCACCUGAGAAGUAUGCUGGGGUGUUGUAUGGUCUUGGUGUUGAGAAUUAUAAAGCUGCUCCUUGAAAAUUAAAGUUACAUAAGUUGAAUAAAAAUCUGUUUCUCUUAA